AUGUUCACAAACAGGAUAACCCCGACACUCAAGGACGACCCCAAGAAUAAUCCAGACAACAUGUUUACCACGAGAAAGGGCCAUCAGGCCAUGGGAUUUGGCUGGAUUUCAUCAGCAUUGCUGACAGCACUAAUUGCUAUAGUAGUCAGUUCGGUCUCAGCCCAGAUCUGUACCCUGAUGAUCGACCUAGACUCACGCGGUUGCGGCCAGCGCAUGGGGAGAUUUGUCCUGCCGCCGGGCGAUCCUUGCACUUGUACAGGGGUCAGACUUGGCGGUCAUUACCACCGCUACGCACCUGAGUUGCAGGGACAGGAUCCACCGUUGUAUAUGGACAUGCUGCCGGAGGUGACUGCUGAGGCCAUCGGCCGUUGGUUCAACUGCACUGAGAGCAAACCGGAGGAGUCGACGCUCGGAGUCACUGAAACUGCCCCAGAGUUGACUUCUACAGUUUCCCCCUGGUCGACACCUGUCGCAUCGAAUCUUACCGAUACGAUACCAGUUGUCAGCACCACCCCUGAGCCGUCGAUGCUGCCUGCAGAUUGUCAAGGCAUCGUGGAUGCUGGUCAGAACACUAGCGGUGUGUAUACCAUCCGGCAUAAACACAAGAAUAUGCAGGUCUACUGUCGCAUGGAGUCGGGGAAAGGAUACACGGUGUUUCAGAGACGCCUGGACGGCUCGGUGAGCUUCAACCGAACCUGGCAGGAGUACGCCGAGGGAUUCGGGAAUCUGACCGGAGAGUUCUGGCUCGGCAACCAGAAGCUGCGCAGUCUGACUCGUAACUGGGGGCGGGAACUGGUCAUCACUCUGAGGGCGUUCGCUGGGGAAGAAGCCCGUAUUCGUUAUGAAUACUUUCACGUAUUCGCAUCUGAGUACACAUACACGCUAAAUGUCGAUGGCUUUAGUGAAGAGAGUGGAGAUGCAGGUGAUUCACUCCGGUAUCAAACAGUUGCACGCUUCUCAACUCGAGAUAAAGACCGUGACAACGACCUGGAAAACUGCGCUGAGAAAUUACACGGAGGCUGGUGGUACGACGGCUGCGGUAGCGACAUCAGUGGCUUGUUCCUGAGCAACCUGAACGGCUUGUACUACAACAACGCAACAGUAGAUGAUUACAUGGGGAUACAGUGGGUCACUUGGAAGGGAAGUGGCACAAACCGGAUCAAAGGUGAAGGCAGCGACAUCCAGACUGUCUGUCAAGUGUUUGCGUGGAAACAGACGUUGCUGAUGCUAGCAUCUUUUCAGUUUCCUAAGACUAAUGAGCCUAUCAAUUGA